CUCGCUCUGACGCACAGAUGUUUUAGCUUUGAAAGCAGCUGCUUUUGAAGCCUCGUCUUUGGUGCAUCAUGCUGGCUUUUCUUUGGAAAUCCGCUGGCUUUUAUUUCUUCACCAUCUUGUGCUGUUUGCUCACCUACGUGUCUCUUGCAGAUGUUCCAAAAAUACCGCCCAUCGCCAAAUACUUCAACACAAAAGGGAGGUAUGAGGAAGUGAACAAGUAUCUCAGAGAGGACAAACUCGCAAUCAACAGAUCCAUGUUACAACCUCCGUCCGCACAAUGUCGUGAAAUCUACCUGUUGGCCAUAAUAAGACACGGCACAAGAUACCCGACGACCAAGAGCAUCAAGGAGAUUCAGCAGCUCUACAACAUCGUCCUGCACAAUGCCUCUGGCGAAGAGAGCUGGCUGCGUGAGAUCAAGAGCCAGUGGACGAUGUGGUACACCGAGGACAUGGACGGCAGGCUCGUCCAGAAAGGAGUAAGCGACCUCAAGAAUCUGGCUGUGAGGCUGUCAAAGCUCUUCCCCUCAGUGGUUUCAGAGGAGAAGCUUCGAGGUGGAUCCAUCCAGUUCAUCACCAGCUCAAAGCACAGAUGUGUCAACAGCACCUUGUCCUUCAAGGCAGGACUCACAGAGCUGUGGGAUAUCAAAGAUCAGGAGUUUGACCAUGAAGUGAACGAUUCUCUGAUGAGGUAUUUUGACAAGUGCACCCGAUUCGUGCAGGAAGUUGAUCACAACUCGUCAGCAGUGGCAGAUGUGAACAAGUUCAAGCGGGGACCAGAGAUGAGGCGGGUCCAGGAGAAGAUUGCAGGCCGACUCGGCGUCACGUACAGCCUCAUCACACACGAUAUGGCUGAAGCAGCAUUUUACUUGUGUGCUUAUGAAUUUGCCAUCAAGGAGGUGAACUCCCCAUGGUGUCAGCUCUUCGAUGAGGAAGACGCAAAGGUUAUGGAGUAUGCAAGUGACCUGAGGGAAUUCUGGAAAAGAGGCCAUGGUUAUGAUAUUAACAGAAAGUCGAGCUGCAUUCUCUUCCACGAUGUGUUCCGCCGACUGAACCAUGCAGCCAACGCUAAUGACAAUCAAUUGUGGCCCCCUGUAUGUGUCAGGUCUGGUCAGCAGGUGACUGAAACAGUGACAGUGCAGGUCGGUCAUGCGGACACUCUCCUGCCUCUGCUCACCCUGCUGGGCUUCUUCAAGGACAGUGAAGCCCUGACAUCAACAAACUACGCCACUCAGACCCAACGCUCCUUCCGCACCAGCCACAUGUUGCCGUACGCAGCCAACUUACUGCUGGUGCUGUACGACUGUGGUGGAGGCGACUUGAGACUGCAGCCGCUGCUCAACGAGAAGCCCGUGACCUUCCCUGGUUUGGCGGAGCAGCAGGCCUCCAUGCCGCUCUAUCAAGACGUCAAAGGGCACUACAGAGAACUUCUCCAAGGCUGUGACUUUGAGGCCGAAUGUCAGCUGUUCAAGCCGCUUCCUGAACCUUAGGCUGACCGGAUGGAUUUAUUACUCUUUUAAAUGUUAGAGUCUUUGACACUUAUGUAAUCAACAUUUUCUAAAGAUUAAAAGUCCGGUUGUUA